GUUAACCGGGAAUCCCUCAUUUCCCCCCUCCUGCUGAAUCAAGUAAGACCCAGCUAGGAAAACAUUUCACCUAACCCGUUAAAAUGAUAGUAUUGUUCUGCUAUCAUAUUUUUAAUAGCAGGACAACCUUUACUUUGCCAUGAGACGUGAAAAACGUGAAGAACGCGAGCUGCGUUGCCUAGGAAACCUGACGUAGAACUGCAAGGCUAACAAAGCUAAUGCUAAACGAAUCGACAAAUUCAACUCCGACAAUUUUGGAUGAAUUUUCAUAUAACUAAAUCCAACCGGACUAACGCUUUGCAUCUUUCCCAAGGCCAGUUUAACAGCAAAGGGUACAAAAUCGGCUUUUAUGGUCAAGACGAGGGCGUAAUGUGAAGAACGCGAUUUCCCGUUGCCAAGGAGACGCGAAGAAGCUAGCGGCUAAUGCUAAUCCACUUGUGGUAAGAUUUGAAUAAAGACUUUGGUCUUUGGGUGCGUUUUAACAUGGCAGAACUCCACAUCAUCGGCCAAAUCGUAGGCGCCAGUGGUUUCCCGCAGAAUAGCCUGUUUUGUAAGUGGGGAGUUCAUACGGGCGGUGCAUGGAGACUUUUAUCCGGUCUGAAGGAGGGACAGACCCAAGUGGACAAUCCUCAGAUCGGUGAAAUGGCGUAUUGGAGCCAUCCCAUUGAUCUCCACUUCGCGACUAAGGGACUACAGGGCUGGCCGAAGAUCCACUUCCAAGUGUGGCAUCAGGACUCGUUUGGGCGUUGCCAGCUGUUUGGAUACGGUUAUUGCCACGUCCCCUCCAGCCCCGGACAUCACCGGGUCAAGUGUGAGACCUGGAGGCCGCUCGGUACUUGGCAGGAGCAGCUGGCCCACACGUUUGUCGGCGGGGGUCCGCAGCUCCGCAGCCCGGACACGAUCUACAGCGGGGCGGACAGAUACAGGCUGCACACUGAGGCCGCGGGGACUGUGGAGCUAGAGCUAGGCAUCAUCACGAACAGAUUUGACAAAUUUGGAGUGGAAAACUAAGGAUUUCUUCACAGAUAUUGCAAAUAUAAAUUACAUAAUUCUUGUAUAUUUUUGCACAGUUUAAAGUGUUUCUAAUACAUGCAUACUUUAUUAAUAAAAUAAAUGUUUUCAUAGUAGUGCCAGUGCCAGCUUAUUGGGUGGUAGAACAUUCAACGUAAGAGCAACAUUGUUAUAUAUUU